CUUUCAAGCCUCUGUUUAUCUCCGAUGGUCUCCAGCAGCUUCACCUCGGCCUCCCUCACCCUCUCCUCCAACCUGCACUCACACACACGAGUCCCCAUUUCCGCCAUCCUGCCGAUGAGUAGUGAGAUGCGGACGCCCAUGUUGUCCACGGCCACGCCGACCAGAAUGCCCAUGAGUGAGGUGAGCAUGCCGUACAGACCGUAUAGCCAACCCGCCUGCUUGUCGUCAAGGCCAUACUCCUCGCUGCAUACCACCCAUCCGGCACACAGACAGACAGAGAGAUGACACACAGAGAGGAGGGAAAAUGCCUGCCCACUCACACACCUGAGCCAUAUGACGAGGAUGAAGCUGAAUGAGAAGUAAGCGAAUGAUUCGCCCGACUUAAUCAAAUACACACAUAGCAGCUCUGCAGCACACACAGACAGACAGACAGGCAGACAGGCAGACAGGCAGACACAGACAGACAGACAGAUCUAUGCAUCCGUGUGAGUGUGUUUGCUGGCUGACCUCGUGGGCACUCCGCCAAGGUGGCCAAUUUCUCAUACAGAUGAAGAACCACAUCCAAGCAGCCUGCACACGGCACCCACCACUUGUGAGAGGUGAGCUCGAGGUCUUCGUCCGUCUCAUCAUCUGGCAGCGAAGCAUCGUAUGGCGUUCGACGCAGGCCGCGAGGCAGACGGGGAAGGAAGCUGCAACGGCACAACUCAUCCAUCG